AUGUCGUCGCAGUCUCAUGAAUCAAGGUGGCCAGGCGAGCGAGAGAAUCCCACACGCCACGAUGUUGCGGUUGCUAACGAGCUGCCCGCGCCCUCAUUUCUCUCCAAUUUCAAGACUGCGUUGGCUGCUAGCCCGGAAGCCGCCGACUGCCAAACCUUGAUGCAUACAGAUCUCAACGCAUACGUCAGCGCGCAGCAGACAUUCACCUACCCAAUGGCCCUGCUAUCCGACUUUCCUGCCAUCCCUACCCCAGCGGAACUUCAUGGUUUGAGGGAAACUUUCGCGAAAUGCUGUGGUAGUCACGUUUUCCUUGGUCGGCUGCCAUUCCCCCAGCCUUCUCGAGAGUCCGUCGUCCCACCCCUUCGCCUGGCGACUGCUUGUAUAGCAUCGCUCUAUGCUGGGAAUGCCCCAUCCGAGGCCAGAGAUCUGUUUUUAGCAGGAGGAAAGCUAUGGGCCGUUAUGAUGGAAGUUGACAACAGGGAGUCGCGCUCCCUUGACUCUGGUGCUUUCGUAUGGUUCCUAUGGCUGGUUGACAUUCUAUACGGCCUUCACUCGGAUCUUGCAGUGAGCUCGUUCUCAUCUCGAGAGAUCUGGACGAAGAUGCCUUCUUCGGGUUCUGAGUUCCAGGAAAUUUACAACGCUUUUCUGGAAGAUAAAGGCACUCAUAGCAUCACCUCAGCAUCGUUAUCACAAGACGAUGCUGUCCUCGUGCUCAUGGCCAUCCUCUCCGACUUACUAUAUAUUCGCCGAUCAAUUGGCCAACAUGCCCACCACACCGACCCAGCUAAAAAGAUGGUCAGGAAUUUCCACAACCCCUUCGUCCCUCUUUCUCCACACACCGAAACUUAUCGAAUGGAAAAUAUCAUCUCGUCGGCAAUAGACCGGUGGUACUCGACAUUCAAUACACUCUCAUCUCCCGGAAUAAUGGCAUUCUACCACUACUGUCGGCUUUACUUAUCAUGCCCUCAAAUCCUCGUACUCCCUCAUAUCGUGGGCUACAGAGGUGCUGAUAGUGACACGGAUCUAGGCAGUCUCACAGCGAGGACAAUAUCCGAUCAAUCAGUGCAGCAUGCCUGGCGGAUACUAGACGACGCCGCUGCUCGACCCAAAUCAGAUCUCCUAUGUCCACUGUGGUUGCCUAUAUUUGUCUUCCAUGCCAGCCUUGUGGUCUGGGCGAAGCAACAAUUUGGUACGACACAAGAUCCGAACGGUUAUGGCAGUAAUAGGAUACUGCUCCCAUUCAAGGUUGAGCUUGAGGGAAUGCCCUGGCCAUGCUGCAAAGAAAUGACCGAGACACUCGUACGACUGAUGGCAGCUCCUCGACUCGGAGGAAACACAUAG